AUCAAAAAUCCUCCACUUCAAAUUCAUCAAGCCAAAGAUCUACACCGAGUGGUAGAAAGUUUCCCAAAAAAGUGAUUCUGAAAAUUUGAAAGUGAGGAAUUUGAAUUAUUUCUUCUUGAGAAAAGUGUGUAGAAAUUGUGAAUUUCUUCGAACCUUUGAAACGGAGUUAAAAAAGAAAAUAGGAAAAUGGUGACCGGAAUCGACGAAAGCAAAACGGCGGAGGGCGACUUCGAGCACCAUCUGGACGAAAGCUGCUCCGAGGAAAGUGACUCCGGCCCGGCUGGUGCCCUGUCGUCCAAGUUCGAUCGAACCGACGUGUCCAUCAACACCAAUCCACUACCGUACGGGAAGUACACUUUGAUUGGGAUUGACAUUGACACGACCGGUCGUCGGCUAAUCGAUGAAAUUGUCCAGAUCUCGGCCUACACGCCGGAUCAUCAGUAUUCGCAGUACAUAAUGCCGCUCAUGAAUCUGAAUCCGGCCGCCCGGCAGCGCCACCAGGUUCGUGUCAUCACGGUUGGAUUCUUUCGGAUGCUAAAAAGCAUGCAGACAUACCGCGUGGUGAAAACCAAAACGGAAAUCUCCGCUCUAAACGAAUUUAUGAACUGGUUGGAGGCGCGCUAUCAAGAAGAUGAGGGCUCAGAAGGAAUCGUUCUGAUCUACCACGAGCAGCGUAAGUUCGUGCCGUACAUGCUCAUCGAGGCUGUGAAGAAGUACAAUCUGCUGGACCGGUUCACCGGGAUGGUGAAGUCGUUCGCCAACGGUUUUAAGCUGGCUGAGGAGAAGUGCAGCAAGACCAUCAAAUACUUCUCGAUUCGUCAGCUGGCUAAACUGGUGCUGGAGGAAAGCGAAGCAAAGGACGGAUUCGAAGGCAAUGCCGCAUACCGUGCUCGAUUAGCCUACCAGCUUGCACGUCGAUUGUCCCGAGAAGAUGACAAACCAUCGAGCAACGACAGUACUCAGGUGGCAGCCGAGUGUGAAGAGACCCCAUCGAACGACGAGGCUGAUGCCGAGGAAGGCGCCGUCGGUGGCUCGAGUGCCCAAGUCGACAGUGAACCCAAGCCGCAAAGGACCGCCAGUGCUGAGACGGAAAACAACGACCAGCCUCAGAGCCAGAGCAAUGACAUCGAUGACGAUCGGCAUCAGACUGACGUGGACGCUGUUACCGGCCAGGUGACAACAAUCCCGGAGCCGCAACCACGCUCCCGACCCACAACCGAAGCCGAGCGGGAGAAGAUGUGUUUGAUACUGUGCGACCUGGCCUCACCGAUCACGAGUGAAAUUUCCGAGCUUGACGAACAGGAGAAAAUUCUGGUGCGCCAGAAUUCGUUCCGACCGAUGUUUUUGCAGUACUUCAAGACGACUAUUUAUCAUAGAGUUAAGGCUGUGACGUACAGACGAGUGCUGGCUGAGUACGGACACGAUUUUGCGUCGCUCCAGCAGGUUUGGAACGACUGCAAGCGCGACGGUCUAGAAGCCGUGGUCAGCAAGAUCACCGAAUUGAAGGAGGAAGAGCGCACCGAAUUGGUAGAGCUGCUCGAUUGUCAUUAUGAUCCGGAGAAGCAGCAAUUGAAGCCUGUGGUGAAGCGCGUGCGUGGUCGUUCCUCCAGAGGUCGGCUGUUUUUCGGCAACAAGAGCAACAGCGCACCUGGCAAUGGUGGGAACUAUGCUGUUGCCAAUAACAGCAAUGUCGGAAACGGAAAUGGAAAAGAAAAUCGCAAACCUAUGCAUGCCGGUCGCAACAGUUACAACAACAAUAACAACAGCAACAUUGGCGUUGACAUGAACAAUAACCACCCGGGCAAAAACAAUUAUAACAACAACAGCCAGCCGACAUCUCCGAAUGACGGCGCAGGCAACAAGAAGUUCCGUCCCCGCCAACAACGGCGUCGCCGCAAUAAUACAGGUGGCCGGCAGAAUGCAAUGAACCAACAACAGCAACCGCAGAUGAUUCAUGCCAACGCUUGAAGAGGUCGAAGGCGGCGGCACUCUUUACCUCUUUCCUAAUCUCCACUGGUCGAAGUGGAUUCGAAAAUAUGGAAAAACUGAUUUGAAUUGGAUUUCUUACGUUUAGUCAUGUAAGUGCUGCUGGCAGAUUUGCGAAAAAGUACAAAGGAGGUGAGGGUGUGUUCCGUAUUCGUGUGGCCAGAGCAGGCCGACACGCGGGAAGCUUCGUUCAAGAAGGUUUCCCUUUCCUAGAAUUAGUAAAAGCUGUGCUGGAUGGAUGGUAUUAGUUUAAAACUAAUUGGUGUUUUUAAAGGUCGCUUAUGCUUCGUCAUAGAUUUUUAAACAUUACAUUAUUGUAAUUCAAUUACUAUUUUUAUAUUUACAAUUUGUUUAAGCUGUUUUAGAGUCAAAAUGCUCUUAAAAUUGCUUUUGAUUUUUUUGGAAACCAGAAAAGCAGUUGUCUCGUUUUCGGCGGUUUGCGGGAAGGAUUUGCACUCUUUCACGUGGGACUUUCCGGGAACGAUUGGCAGUUCGUCUUUUUUGCAUCACCCAUUACGGCUUAAAGUUUAGUACAAAAUGCAAGCACAACGGAAUAUACUGGAAGAUUGUAACCUUGAUUGAAAUGUAACGAAAAAGCGCGAUGCGAGUUUAGGUGUGGAAGCUACGGAUUAAUUUUGUUUUUGAGACAGGAGAUAUGUCGAAUAUGAUUUCUUGAUAAGUAUUUCGCACACAUUUGGAGAAGGAUCGCGCCGUUUUCGAAGAAACACCAAUAUUUACUAUGUUAUUGAAUGGAUAUAAGAUCUUGAAUAAUGUUUGAAAUGAUUUGAAUUUGUCGUGUUAGAAACGCAAAUCUCUUGACCGUCUGUGACGAGUCGGAGAUCUUGUUCAUUGCAAAAUAAAAAGCGAAAGCAACAAA